AUGUCCGUGUUGAAGCUGGAGAAAGUUGUGAGUUUUUCCAGCGAAUCCAAGAAACACCCAUCUACGAAUCUGCUUCAAGGGGGUCCGAGCAAUGAUCUCAACAGAAAAUGGCUAGCGCAGUCGACCACCGGAGAGAAAGCAUUCGUUGUCAUAAAGCUGGAAGGGCCGUCAGUCAUCAAUGCGAUUGAUAUCGGCAACGAAGGCAGUGCUUACAUCGAGGUGCUCGUGUCGAACGACAGGAAGGACUUCAUCCGCUUGUUGCCAUCAUCGUCGUUCAUGUCGCCCAUGGAGUCUCGGAUGAAUGAGACGCGCAAUAGGAUCAGAUCCUUCACUGCUUUUGAACGUGAAGCCGCUGGCAAGGCUUGGACCUACGUAAAGUUCGUUUGCUCUCAACCCUACAACAAGAACUGGCCCUUCGGGAUCGCAUUCGUCGCUCUACGCGGAUCCAAGGAGAGCUCAUCGGAAAAGCCGGAGUCGGGCUCUUCCUCCUCCAUCAUUGCCGGGAGAUCCGCACCCGAGGAGUUGAAUGACGAUACAAACUGCUCGGCUGAAUCAAGAAAGCUAGAGCUCAAUCAAGGUGUUGAAGUCAACAGCGAUGAGGAAUGCAAGUCGAAGGGAGCGUCGACUUCAUCAGGAGGAGAAAGCAGGAGCAAUCGAGAGAAGGGACGAAAGGUUUUAGACGGAGUGGUAUUCGUUCUAAGCGGUUUCCAGAACCCCCUGCGGAAAGAGCUCCGGGAUAUGGCGCUCGCUUUGGGAGCGAGGUAUUCGCCCGAUUGGACCCCUCGGUGCACUCAUCUCGUGUCGGCUUUCAGCAACACUCCCAAGUGGUCUCAAGUUGCAGCCAUCGGCGGCCGUAUUGUGACCAAGGAAUGGCUAGCAGAGUGCGAGAAACUUCAAAAGAAAGUUCCGUGGAAACAAUUCAAGUGUGGAACGUACAGGGUUAAGGUACAGGAAGCCGCGACUCCGAUGUUCAGCGAUGAAGAUUCGUCCGAAGAGGAAGACGUUGCCGACGAUGAUAGUGACUACGAUCCAGGGGAAGAUAAGUCAGAAAAGGGCGGAAACCUCGCCGAUCAAGGAGAAGAGCGGAAGCAGGAACUCGAAACUCCAGAACCUCCAUCAACAUCUCUUCCCGAUGAUUGUGAAAUCGACGAAUUGAAAAUCAUUUUCAAAAACAAAACCUUCUACCUGGACAGUGACAUUGAGCUGAGUGAAGAGAGGAAUACUCUGACGAGAUACAUCGUGGGACAUGGCGGUGAAGUCAGCUCUGAUCCAGCGGCAGCUGAACAUAUCAUAUCUUGGAAACCCGGGGCCUCCAGUCCCCUAUGGAUCGUCAGAUGCCACCAGGAGAAUCGAUGGGUCCAGGCUUGAGAUUAUACCUUCCCCUACUCUGCGAAUCGAGUUCGCUCACGAGACGUAUGUCGAAAUUUCCUCCUUGAAAUAUCAUGUUCCAUAUUUCACACGCUCGACCUCGGUCACACGAAGUACUUCGAAGGUAUACCAACUGGAUGUGUCCACCCAAUUACACCGAGACUCGAGCAAACUUUUUGCAAUAAAGCGCUCUGGUCACUAAC